CGCCAGUUCAGGGGGCGUGGCUUAGCUCGGGGGCGGGUCUAAGUCGCCGCCGGUGUCUGACCGCUCUGACAGGUCUCUAAAUUCCUCCCGACCGCCGGGUACCCGCAGCGCGCUUCGGAGCGCCAGGGUGGCACGCGGCGCUCGCCUGCAUCGGGAGGCGUCCCGGGUGACCUCCACGCUGCCUCGGGCCUCCUUUCUCGCCCAAACCUAGCACCCACCGCCCCCGCCGAGCUUCGGUUCUAAAACCCCCAGGGACCCGCACCAUCAGUUUCUCGGAGCUGUCUGCUUUGGAGCCCUCCUCACUUUUUGUUUCCCCUGCCUCCCGCUCCUCGUAGCUCCGGGCCAAAUGGACUCCAAAGAGCGAAGUGAAGGGGAUGGGAACGGUGCGCUACGACCUCUCCGAAGCACAGCUGGAAGCACUGAGCGCGCCUUUUAGCCGAGGCUGGGACCCUGGGGCUGGCGCCACCAGCCCCCCACCUUCCCGGGGGAGGCUUCUGGCCAGAUACUGCGCUGCGCUGUCAGUCUUCGCCGUGGAAGUGGCGACAGCCAGGAAGGAGCCAAGGAGGGAGCCUCGGCACACCCCUUCCUCCAAAUUAACUGUUUGGUGACUUGUUAGCGCUGAGCCUACCACCUCUCCGACACUCCCGCGGGGCGUCCAGCCACCUCUCGGACCCCCGUUCCUCCUUCUUCUCUGCCCCCGCCCCCAGCUCCGCCCCGGCUCCCAUCCCGGCGCAAUGGAGUUCUCCGAAGGGUAAUGCACAGCUGCUAACUUCGCUACCACCGCCGCCGCUGGUCGCCCCCGGCCAUCCCCCUGCAGCCGCCAAGCCGUGGGCGUCCGGAGCCCAGUGCCGCAGCCAGGGACCCGCCCGACGCGCAGCAGAAGCACGGCGCCCCGGCGCCUGGGCGCCUCUUGGAGAGCAAAGGCUGCGCCAAGACGCUGAGCCUAGAACCAGCCACGGAGCCAGAGCCCGGGAAGGGGCUGAGUGGCUCUGAGCUCCGCGGCUUCUGCGGACAAAAAGCCGCCAGCGCCGCUGCGCACGGGGGCUGCGCCGGCUGGCGGGAGGGCGGCGCGCAAGGACGCGAGAGUCCACUUCGAUCUUCCAGGAGCCCUUUGCCCCGGGGCGCAAUAUGACCUGACCUACCAGGACCCUGCCAAGGGCACCUGCAACGGUGCAGCUGAGGAAAGAAGGGCUUUCUGCCAAGCACCCAACAGGAGACUUUCGGGUCUUCAGGACCCCCUCCCCAGCCGCCUCCCCCAGGUCCAGCGCCGGCGGACGGGCGCCAUGGAGCUCUCCGAUGUGCGCUUCCUUAGCGGCAGCGAGGAACUCUACACCAUCCACCCGACGCCCCCGGCCGGCGACGGCGGGAGCGGCUCCCGGCCGCAGCGGCUGCUGUGGCAGACGGCGGUGCGGCACAUCACCGAGCAGCGUUUCAUUCAUGGGCACCGGGGCGGCGGCGGCGGCGGGAGCGGAGGCUCCGGGAAAGGCUCGAACCCUGCGGGCUGCGGCCCCAACCACCACGCACCUCAGCUGUCCGGCGAGUCCGCGCUGCCGCUCUACUCGCUGGGCCCCGGGGAGCGGGCGCACAGCACCGGUGGCUCCAAAGUCUUCCCGGAACGCAGCGGGAGCGGCAGCGCCAGUGGCAGCGGGGGUGGGGGUGACCUGGGCUUCCUGCACCUUGACUGCGCCCCGAGCAACUCCGAUUUCUUCCUCAAUGGGGGCUAUAGCUAUCGAGGGGUCAUUUUCCCCACCUUGCGCAACUCCUUCAAGUCCCGGGAUCUGGAACGCCUGUACCAGCGCUAUUUCCUGGGCCAAAGGCGCAAGUCGGAGGUGGUGAUGAACGUGCUGGAUGUGCUGACCAAACUCACCCUCCUGGUUCUGCACUUGAGCCUGGCCUCAGCACCCAUGGACCCGCUCAAAGGCAUCCUGUUGGGCUUCUUCACUGGCAUCGAGGUGGUGAUCUGUGCCCUGGUGGUGGUCAGGAAGGACACCACCUCGCACACGUACCUGCAGUACAGCGGCGUGGUCACCUGGGUGGCCAUGACCACCCAGAUCCUGGCAGCAGGUCUCGGCUACGGGCUCCUAGGUGAUGGCAUAGGCUACGUGCUCUUCACGCUCUUCGCCACGUACAGCAUGCUGCCGCUGCCGCUUACCUGGGCCAUUCUGGCUGGCCUGGGCACCUCGCUGCUGCAGGUGGUCCUCCAAGUGGUCAUCCCUCGGCUGGCAGUCAUUUCCAUCAACCAGGUUGUGGCCCAGGCAGUGCUAUUCAUGUGUAUGAACACGGCUGGAAUCUUCAUCAGUUACCUCUCAGACCGGGCCCAGCGUCAAGCCUUCCUGGAAACGCGGAGGUGUGUGGAGGCCAGGCUACGCCUGGAGACAGAGAAUCAAAGACAGGAGCGGCUCGUGCUGUCUGUGCUACCCCGAUUUGUUGUCCUGGAAAUGAUCAACGACAUGACCAAUGUGGAAGAUGAGCACCUGCAGCACCAGUUCCAUCGAAUCUACAUCCAUCGUUAUGAGAACGUCAGUAUUCUUUUUGCAGAUGUUAAAGGAUUUACCAACCUCUCCACGACCUUGUCCGCUCAGGAGCUGGUCAGGAUGCUCAACGAGCUCUUUGCCAGAUUUGAUCGACUGGCCCAUGAGCAUCACUGCCUUCGUAUUAAAAUCCUGGGAGACUGCUACUACUGUGUUUCCGGACUGCCUGAGCCCCGCCAGGACCAUGCCCACUGCUGUGUUGAAAUGGGCCUCAGCAUGAUCAAAACCAUCAGGUAUGUCCGGUCGAGGACAAAGCAUGAUGUGGAUAUGAGGAUUGGAAUCCACUCGGGCUCCGUGCUAUGUGGUGUGCUGGGCCUGAGGAAGUGGCAGUUUGAUGUCUGGUCUUGGGAUGUGGACAUUGCAAAUAAACUGGAAUCUGGAGGAAUCCCUGGGAGAAUUCACAUUUCCAAAGCCACCCUGGACUGCCUCAAUGGUGACUAUAAUGUGGAAGAAGGCCAUGGAAAAGAACGAAAUGAGUUCUUGAGGAAGCAUAAUAUAGAGACCUAUUUAAUUAAGCAGCCUGAGGAGAGUCUGCUCUCCCUGCCGGAAGACAUCGUCAAGGAAUCGGUGAGCCCCUCUGACAGGAGAAACAGUGGGGCAACAUUCACUGAAGGAUCCUGGAGCCCCGAACUGCCCUUUGAUAACAUUGUGGGGAAGCAGAAUACUCUGGCUGCCCUAACAAGAAAUUCAAUAAAUCUGCUUCCAAACCAUCUUGCACAAGCUUUGCAUGUCCAGUCUGGGCCUGAGGAAAUUAACAAGAGAAUAGAACAUACCAUCGACUUGCGGAGUGGCGAUAAAUUGAGAAGAGAGCAUAUCAAGCCAUUCUCACUGAUGUUUAAAGACUCCAGCCUGGAGCACAAGUAUUCUCAAAUGAGGGAUGAAGUAUUCAAGUCAAACUUAGUCUGUGCAUUUAUUGUUCUUCUAUUUAUCACGACAAUACAAAGUUUGCUUCCUUCUUCAAGAGUGAUGCCAAUGACCAUCCAGUUCUCCAUUCUGAUUAUGCUGCACUCAGCUCUGGUCCUGAUCACCACAGCAGAGGAUUAUAAGUGUUUGCCCCUGGUCCUGAGGAAAACUUGCUGUUGGAUUAACGAGAACUACUUGGCCCGGAACGUCAUCAUCUUUGCCUCCAUCUUGAUUAAUUUCCUGGGAGCCGUCCUAAAUAUCCUGUGGUGUGAUUUUGACAAGUCGAUACCCUUGAAGAACCUGACUUUCAAUUCCUCAGCUGUGUUUACAGAUAUCUGCUCCUACCCAGAGUACUUUGUCUUCACCGGAGUGUUGGCCAUGGUGACCUGUGCAGUGUUCCUCCGACUUAACUCUGUCCUGAAGCUAGCUGUGCUGCUAAUCAUGAUCGCCAUCUAUGCCCUGCUGACAGAGACCAUCUACGCUGGCCUCUUUCUGCGUUAUGACAACUUGAACCACAGUGGCGAAGAUUUCCUGGGGACCAAAGAAGCAUCACUGUUGCUAAUGGCCAUGUUCCUCCUUGCUGUAUUCUACCACGGACAGCAGCUGGAGUACACAGCCCGCCUGGACUUCCUCUGGCGAGUACAGGCCAAGGAGGAGAUCAAUGAAAUGAAGGAGCUGAGGGAACACAAUGAGAACAUGCUCCGGAAUAUCUUACCCAGCCACGUGGCCCGACAUUUCCUGGAGAAAGACCGAGACAAUGAGGAACUGUACUCUCAAUCCUAUGAUGCCGUUGGGGUGAUGUUUGCCUCCAUCCCAGGAUUUGCAGACUUUUACUCUCAGACUGAAAUGAAUAACCAGGGAGUGGAAUGCCUACGGUUGCUGAAUGAGAUCAUUGCUGACUUCGAUGAGUUGCUUGGUGAAGACCGGUUCCAGGACAUUGAAAAGAUCAAAACCAUUGGCAGCACUUACAUGGCCGUGUCAGGCCUGUCACCAGAAAAACAGCAAUGUGAAGACAAGUGGGGACAUUUGUGUGCCCUGGCCGACUUCUCUCUCGCCCUCACUGAAAGCAUACAGGAGAUCAACAAGCAUUCCUUCAACAAUUUUGAACUCCGGAUCGGCAUCAGCCAUGGCUCAGUGGUUGCUGGUGUGAUUGGCGCUAAGAAACCUCAAUAUGACAUUUGGGGCAAAACCGUGAACCUGGCCAGCCGAAUGGACAGCACAGGGGUGAGCGGACGGAUCCAAGUGCCAGAGGAGACCUAUCUCAUCCUCAAGGACCAGGGCUUUGCCUUUGACUACCGAGGGGAGAUCUACGUGAAAGGCAUCAGUGAACAGGAAGGGAAAAUCAAAACGUACUUUCUCCUGGGAAGAGUCCAACCCAACCCAUUCAUCUUGCCCCCAAGAAGACUACCCGGGCAGUACUCCUUGGCUGCAGUCGUUCUGGGCCUUGUCCAGUCCCUCAACCGGCAAAGGCAGAAGCAGCUACUCAAUGAGAACAACAACACGGGGAUCAUCAAAGGCCAUUACAACCGACGGACUUUGCUGACUCCCACUGGGCCGGAGCCUGGGGCCCAAGCUGAAGGCACUGACAAAUCCGAUUUGCCAUAAAUGCAUUUUCUUUGUGUUUCUUUUUUUUGUAUUUCUUUUAUAUAUAAAAUAAA